AUGUCCCGUACUACGCAGCGGGCUAGCACAUCGGAAGCUAUGGGUGCACCGCUUGAGCUCCCUCCCUACGAACCCCAAAUAGCGCCGCUUACAGCCAACGCAAAGCGCAAGGUCGACACAGUGAUUAAAUCCUUUCAUACGCGCCAUUUGAAGAUCCACUUAAGUCAUGCUACGGGAGCGCUAUCAGACUCCGUUGGGGACACCAAUGACAGGCUCACAGAGGCCAAGGGUCGCCUGGAGAAAUUGAAGCGGCGGAGGAGGGAGAGAGAGGAAAGGCGCCAAAGGGAGGCGGGGGAGGAAAAAGAUAACGAACCUGGUGACAGAAAUGACAGCAGUGCUGAGCGUCAACGGGAAGCAGAAAAUUUUGCGCAGAGAGAGGAAAAACUGGCACAGUUUGAGCUGCUGGUUAAGAAUACCACAGAGAGAUUGGAAGGGAGCAUGCGGAGCCUUAUUGACACGGAGGUACAAGCGGAUAAAAUGCUUGACCUUCUUUCGACCAUAGUGGCACAAAAUUCUGAGGAAGGACCGACAAAACCUCAUCCUAGAGCUCGACGGGCAAGACGCUACCGAGACGAAGAAGACAGUGAUGCGGAUGAUGAUGAGCAGGGCGAAGAAGCCGAACCACCUGUUGAAGUAGAGGUUAUACCGGCAUCUCGCACGAUUGCGGAUGGACUAGCCGAGAAGAAAAGGGAAUGGGAAUCACUCUCCCUCGCACAAAGGCAAUUCUAUCGUGUUCUUCACGAGUCAAAGUACUCUGCGAUGGAUGUUCCCCCAUUGCCUCAUCCAUCUACCUGGUUUAAAUCUUUGGAUGCGUCACGAGAAUCUAACAGUCAAAAUAAAAGGCGCAAGAAGAAGCGAUCCCAACUUGCUCAAACUGAAGAGGGUGCGAUGGACGAGGGUGGUGUCGAUGAUGAGGGCCUGCAGCCUUCAUCUUCGGGUGAUGAAAACAAUAACGAGAGUGAAGAAGAUGACGAUAACGAACAUGAUGAAGAUGACGAAGAAGAUGGAGAAGAUGGAGAAGGGGGAGAGGAAGAAGAACCCACCCGAGAGGACAUGCAGGAUGCUUCUUCAGAUGAUGAAGUUAUGAUCAAUUCUGAGAAGUUCUCAAUAACUUGUCCACUUACUCUACAACCUUUCAAUGAGCCGGUUAGCAGCACUAAAUGCCCGCACAGCUUCGAACGAUCUGCUAUCGAGAGCAUGUUAAACCGAAGUCGUCAGAACACCUUUGUUCCCUUACCCAAUGACAGUUCUCGUGGGCGAAAUAUACGAUGCGUCAAGUGUCCUGUCUGCAAUGUUUUGAUUACAAUGCAUGAUCUAAAGAGGGAUCCUGUAUUGAUAAGACGGGUGAAGAAGGCCAUACGCAUGGCUGCAGCGGAAGCGGAAGAAAACAACGAUGAAGAUGGUGGUGAAGGCGAGGAUCUUGAAAUGGAUGAAGACGACAGUGUCUUGAUGAGGAGGAGCAAAGCAGCGAACGGGGGAAGACGGGUUGUUGUAAAGAGCGAGAGGACAAGAUCUCCAUCCCGUAUCCCCGAUACACAGAUGGAGUAG